AACGCUCCCUUCACCAAGCACUUCUAAGUUUGCAAAGCACAAGAACGCGCUCUCUCAACUUUCUCCGGGGCUUUCGAGUUGACACUGUCCGGUCAGCGCGUGCAGAGGGGAGAGGACGCAACAAGCAGAAACAACAAGCAAACAAAAAACAGAAACAUCCUCGGGAUAUUCUGUCUGCAGUUUCCAAAAGCCCAAACAUGAGGCCCCAGUUAUUCGCCAUUGACUUAAUACUCGUGUGUAUAUCUUGCGGAGAAAGUGCACUGGCUUCAAUUGCUCGCGCCGACUGCACGUCCCCGCCAGCGGCACACUUCCCCAAUUCUGGCGCAGCGCGCAGGAAUGGAACAGACGCGGCUCCUCAUUCCAAAAGCAGGAAGAAGCGGUAUAUCAGUCAAAACGAUAUGCUUGCCAUUCUUGAUUACCAUAACAAAGUAAGGGGAAAGGUCUUCCCCCCAGCUUCAAAUAUGGAGUACAUGGUGUGGGACGACACAUUAGCAAAGACAGCUGAAGACUGGGCUCAUGCCUGCCUGUGGGAGCACGGCCCGCCUCACCUUCUCAGGUUUUUGGGUCAAAACCUCUCUGUCAGGACAGGACGCUAUCGUUCCAUUCUUCAGCUCGUGAAGCCUUGGUACGAUGAGGUGAAAGAUUACUCUUUCCCCUACCCCCGUGACUGCAACCCUCGUUGCCCUCUCAGAUGCUAUGGGCCCAUGUGUACCCACUACACACAGAUGGUGUGGGCAACAUCCAACAAGGUGGGCUGUGCCAUUCACACAUGCUACAAUAUGAACGUAUGGGGCGCGGUGUGGAAAAGGGCCACGUACUUAGUCUGCAACUACUCACCUAAGGGUAACUGGAUCGGAGAGGCUCCCUACAAAGUGGGGGUGCCCUGUUCCGCUUGCCCUCCCAGCUAUGGAGGCUCAUGCAGCAACAACAUGUGCUUCCCAGCCCUCAAGACAAACUACCUGCACUGGUUCAAAUAAGCACAGGUUCCCUCUCAACAUAAGCUGACAACCUACAGUACCAUAGAGACAUUAUUUUAAUUGAGUAAGGAUUUGCACAACAGACGUGGACCACACUAUUUUGUAUAUAUAGGCUUAUUUAAAGAAAAAAACAAAUAUUUUGAAGGCAUUCAGUGAUUUGAUGAUUUGUAAAUAGUUUGUAAAUUGGUACUUUUUUUUUUACUGGAUUGCUAUGACUAUUUGAAAUGAUUAAAUAUAUGAAAAUAUAUUUAUAUGCAAAAUGGGUCUUUAACAGUGCAUACUCUGGUGCUUUGUACACAUUUGUGGUUACUACAUUUGCUUACAGUGGACAGUGUGAUAAUUAAGACACUACAACCAUCACAGGACCUGCUCACUUUGGUGCUAUGGGCAUCACACCUUCAUGCUGUGUGCUCUGCCUUCACAAGAAUGUUGGGAUCAAGCGGGAUCAAAAGGAUCAAAGAUUAUAACCUCAGAGGGAAACUUAACACUGGCGGUGUCAGCUUCACUGUUACUUUUAUGCCAACAGUGGCUGUCAAACUUCCCACUUAAAGCAGAACUCGAUCAACAAUAAAAGGCUAAUUUCUGUCACAAUAAAGAGUAAUAAAUGGUGGCCCUCGUGCUCCUCAUAUUUCUACUAAUGUGAUUGGUAAUGCCCAACUUCCUCCAAGUUUUAGCAGUGUACUUUAAAGGCUGAGCUGAAGCACAGCAGAGAGGGAGAAGGAGGGACUUUUGAGACUUUUGCAGUCAUUUAAAUUUUCAGUCCUUUUGUGAAAGUUGUCAAGUUGUGCUUUAAGUGUCCUUAUACAAACACAGAAAACACAUUUGAAGGCCUACUGUUAGCACAGACACCUCUGCUGUCAAAGGUUUUUAAACAACAACACAGUGCAAUUUCAUAUCAAACUUGCACUAUCUGACUUGAGUAUCAUACCGACAAUUCAUCUUUAAGACAAUUUGCACACUUUUAUCCAUAUUUCAUAUGUUUAUAAUAGGCAGACCACAUACACCAAGUCUGACCCACAUAAUGUAAUAUACUCACAUAUGUAAGCAUAUGUUACAAGUAUGUAAGUAUAUUGGUAUAUUAUGUACCAUUAUGUAUAUUAAUAUUUUCUGUAUUAUGAUAUGAUCACUGAUUUUGGGAAUCAGGCACUCAAGUGCACCUUAAUUGUUUGUAAAUUUCUAAAAUACCAGAAAUUGUUACUGCUUUUCUGUGUAGAUAAUCAAACCUUGACUAUCCUAAAAUAAGUUGUUACUGUAAGUUAUUCGUUUUUGUAUUGAAAAGCUGUUUAAUUGUAUGAAUUUUCUUGCUGUUUCGCAAAAGAAUUGCAGCAUAUGAAGACUUAUUCAACAUAUCCAAGAUAAUAAAAACACAAAAGUAGGAAAAUAACAUUUUAAGCACUGACAGUAUUUAAAUCAACAAAAAGAUAUUUAUGCAGCAAAUUGCAUUUUUCUUUUUAUUUGUACUUGUAAUAAAAUGG